AUUCACAGAUAAAAUCAAAACAUCUAUUAUGUAUGUUCGAGUGACAUAAGAACUACAAGACAUCUAGUCUAUCAGAUAGUAAGAGAAGAAGAAGAACUGAAAGUGCGAGAGAGACAGCGGGAGAGAGGACGAAAGGCAGGGUGAUUAGGAAUGCUCAAAACAACACAUACCAAGAACACAAAACAAUUUGGUUCCGGUACAUCAUGACCCGAACUAGAGACCUUCAGUACUGAGACACAGAGAUUAUGCCUGAAACUUAUCACCAAGUCAAGUUAAAAGUCCUUAACUUUAAGUUUCAAGUCCUGAACAAGUCAUAAUGUGCUCUUUAGCAAAUUUUAGGUCAGAGAAAUAAUUGUAGAGUAAAUUUACACAGAUCAUGCAGGCCAGGAUAAAGUGAUUACUGAAGAUGAUGAUUGAAUAGAUGGAUGAUGAUGAUGAUGAUGAUGACGAUGAUGAUGAGUUGUAGUAGUAGUAGUAGUAGUAGACUGAUCUACUGUAUAUUCAAGACUUUUAUGAGCUGCAGUGUAUUUAGUAUCUCCCACGUGAACUCAGUAUUAAGUUGGUUUUAACACUAUGCUUACCAGAUAAACGAAUAACUUCAAAUAUUAAGAUUGAAUCAAACAUUAAAUAGCAGAAUAUUUUUAACAGUUGCACAUAAUGUGCAAAAAACAACAACAAAAAACAAACAAAAAAGAGAAAACAACAACAACAACAACAACCAAACAGAGACGCUCGUGACAUAUUUAACAGAGGGGUCAGCUAAAGAGUUGCAUGGCCGAGGCUUAAGCCGCUGAUACGCAUGCGCAGAGGAUUGUGUACAUUCUUGCUCGAGAAGCAUAAUGGCGGGCGUCCAAACGGUUAAAGAGCCCAGCUCACGUUCAGAUGGAGGUUGAGUUGCAGAAGUAGAGUAACAGUUGGAAAAAGCGGUGGUUUAUUUCUGAGAUAACGACGUGUCCCUUGACCUUCUCUACUAGGGAAAGCACGUCAGUUAUGUCUUCUUGUAGAACUGUGGGAUUUUUUAAAGCUCGUCGAGCAAGCUAGCGAGUCUUAUACUGAACUAAUUUUAUAGUGGAAGGCUUAGCUAAUAGCAGUGAGACACGUAGAUAAAGAGAGCUAGCUGGCUGCUUAGCUCGCCUGGUGUUUUGGAAAGCAGUUUGUUUCGAGCGAUACAAGCUUCAAAAGAGGGGUUGAAUAGUAAUAAUAAUAAUAUAUAAUAAUAAAAAACUAAACAAGACAACAACAACAACCCCUGAGUGUGCCUCCAGAUAUCCUCUGGUGAAAGAAGAGGAACGAGGAACAACUGCAGUGAGUUGAAUGAAGGAGUCAUGGCUGAACACACCCCUCCACUGGAGUCCAGCCAGUUACUCAGCCAAGAUCUGCCACUCCUCACACCACCACCUCCUCAACCUCAACCCAGCAUGGUCAACGGAGACGGUUCCCAGCAAGUAAUCUUGGUGCAAGUAAACCCAGGUGAGGCCUUCACAAUUCAACGAGAGGAUGGUCAGUUUCAGUGUAUCACAGGUCCUGCUCAGGUUCCCAUGAUGUCCCCAAAUGGUUCAGUGCCUCCAAUAUAUGUGCCUCCUGGAUACGUUCAACAAAUCAUUGAGGAGAAUGGAGUGAGGCGGGUGCUGGUGUUGCCUCAGGCGGAGUUUCACCCUGGGGGCCACUCUCCGCUGCACCACCCUCCCCCUCCUCCCACCCACCCCCACCUGCAGGCCUUCAUCCCUCACCCGCAUCCCAUCUUGUCUCAUCCUCCUCCUCACCUGUACUCAGGCAUGGCUGGGGGAACUGGAGACAUGAAUGCCCAGUACAUCUCCCAGUACCACCCAGCCCACAUCUACCCAGACCAGGACACUCACCCGGCACACGGACGCGCAGCGUUUCACCGGGAUGAAAGGGCUAACAAAGCGCACGAACGGCUGCAGAAGAAGCUGAAAGAGCGUCAGGGGGGUCAGGCAGGAGGAGGAGGGGGAGGUCAGGCUCCCACCAAAGACAGUCCUCCUCUCUCUCCACAGAAGAACCGUGGAACCCCACCAGCAGCUGGAGGAGAGCUCCAGAACGGCCUCCUUAAAGGGGUAGAGGAGCAAAACCAGGCUGCUACACUCACCGGCCUGGGAAAAGAAUGUCCAGAAUCGAACGAAAAGAUCCAGGCUGUUCGAGAACAGUUAAACAAUAUCAUCAAGCCUGUGGUGGUGGAUAUCCAGGCCAGAGGAGCGUGUCUCUGCUGGACAGCUCCAGUAAGGAAAAGCACGGAUGAGGAGCAGAAAGAGCCAGAGGAGAAACCUGAGGAGCCCAGUAUCAGUUAUGAGGUGUCCAUCUCAUACAGUGGCAGGGAUGGCAAAUACAACACUGCCUACAGUGGUAAGGAGCUUAGUGCAACCAUAGAGAACCUAAGACCAGCAACAGACUACCAUGUCAGGGUCCAGGCCAUGUAUAAAUGUUUACAAGGAAACCCCUCUGAGCCUGCAAGUUUUACAACUCUGUGCUGUGAACCCGACACACCCGUCCCACCUCGCAAAGCCAGCGGCACCAAAAACUGUCUCGUCCUGCAGUGGAAGGCUCCAUGUGAUAAUGGUUCAAAAAUUCAAAACUACAUUCUACAGUGGGAUGAGGGUAAAGGUACAGGAGUGUUUGAGCAGUGUUACUACGGCCCUCAGAAGCAGUACAGGGUGACCAAGCUCUCGCCAGCAUCCAAAUACUCAUUCCGCCUAGCAGCCAAAAAUGACAUGGGUGUCAGUGAGUUCAGUGAACCUGUAGACAUGCUGACCUCGUGCAGUGUCCCUGCACCUCCAAAGAGCCCUGAGCUGCUCCAGGCUGGGGUCACUUGGCUCUACCUGCAGUGGAACAGGCCAGACAGCUCACCAAAAGAAGACGAGAUCGGUUACGUACUGGAAAUGGAAGAAGAGGGCUCGGGUUAUGGGUUCCAGCCCAGCUAUGAUGGUGAUGAACUAUCAUGCACAGUGAGGAAUCUUCACCGGAGCACCAAGUACAAAUUCAGGGUUGCUGCAUAUAAUACAGAAGGUAAGAGUAACCCAAGCCCUGUGUCAGAGUUCACCACAGCUCCAGACAGACCCGGCUGCCCCUGCAAACCCUCUGUUAAGGGCAAACAACAUCCCACCAGCUUCCGUGUGACCUGGGAUCCCCCCAAAGAGACUGGUGGCUCAGAUGUGACCGAGUAUGUGGUGGAGCUGUCUGAAGGACUGAGUGGCUCCUCUUGGGAGGAAGUGUACAGGGGUUCAGCUACGGAAUGUGUGUGUGAUGGGCUGAAGCCAGGCGGGACAUACCAAGCUCGAGUCUGCUGCCACAGCAAAGGAGGACAAAGCCCACUUUCUGAGACUCUGCAGGUCCAGACUCCAGCUGUUCCUCCUGGUCCGUGUCAGCCUCCCAGAGUAAUUGGCAAGCCAAAAGCCAGAGAGGUGCAACUUCGCUGGGCUCCUCCUCAGGUGGAUGGUGGGAGUGCAGUGUGUGCUUACAGUGUGGAGAUGUUCACCCUGCAGGCUGAGGAGGCCAAAGAGGUGCAUCAGGGCCAUGAGCUCGAAUGCACAGUGCACAGCUUACUGCCCGGAAGAACAUACGGCUUCCGUCUGAGAGCAGCCAACAAAGCCGGGUAUGGGCCUUUCUCUGAGCGUGUUGAGGUGACGACAGGACCAGGAGCACCUGAGCCUUGUCGACCUCCUCAUAUCAUCUGCAAAUCUCCUUCUUGUGCUGUGGUCAGCUGGGAAGCUCCAUCCUGUAAUGGUGCAGCAGUGACUGAGUUUCGUCUGGAGUGGGGGGCAGCAGAGGGGAGCAUGCAGGUGAUCUACAGCGGAGCUGCAAUGAGCUAUGAGCUGAAAGGUCUGCUGCCUGCCACCAACUAUUUCUGCAGAGUGCAGGCGAUGAAUGCGGCUGGCGUUGGGCCAUUUAGUGAAGUGAUACUCUGUCAGACGCCCUGCUCUGUGCCUGCCACGGUCAGUGUCGUUCAUGCUCUCCGCGAGAGCGAAAUGAGAGUGGAAGCGAAGGGCUGUGACGGAGGAGAGGAGGAGGAGGAAGAGGAGGAAGAGGAAGAGGAUGGAGAAAGACCCUCUCCUCCACUCUACUCCCCUUCUACUUGCCUGGGGCUGCACUGGGAGGCACCAUGUGAUCAUGGAGCAGAGAUUACAUCUUACCUGAUUGAUAUAGGAGAAAAACAGCCAAUCUCCACUGGCCCUGUAACCAAGUACAUUAUACAGAACCUGCAACCUGAUACCACCUACAGGAUAAGGAUCCAGGCUCUAAACAGCCUUGGUGCUGGUCCCUUUAGCCACACUUUUAAGCUGAAGACAAAACCGCUGCCUCCUCUGCCUCCUCGGCUGGAGUGUACUGCAUUCAGCCACCAGACGCUCAGGCUGAAGUGGGGUGAUGGUCCAGCCAAGAAUUCUCCGACAGACUCACUGCAGUACCAACUCCAAAUGGAGGACAGAAAUGGCAGGUUUAUUUCCUUGUAUAAAGGACCUUGCCACACUCACAAAGUGCAGAGGCUAAAUGAGUCUACCUCUUAUUCGUUUCGCAUCCAAGCCUUUAACGAGGCGGGCGAAGGGCCCUUCUCUUCUGUGUACACCUUCACCACCCCCCGCUCACCUCCAGCUCCACUCAAAGCGCCACGUGUGGAAAGACUGGAUGAGACCUGUGAGAUUAGUUGGGAAACCCUGCCACCUAUGAAGGGAGAUCCAAUCAUAUACUGCCUACAGUGUAUGCAGGGGAAUUCUGACUUUAAACAGAUGUACAAGGGCUCAGACACACUAUUCCGCCUCUCCUCCCUGAGCUCAUCCUCUGAAUAUCGUUUCCGUGUGUGUGCGAUCCGCCAGUGCCAGGAUGCUCCGGAGAUCAUGGGGCCGUACAGUUCCAGUGUCACUUUACUGCCUCUUCGCAUCGAAUCUCCCAGCUCAUCCAGCAGCACGGGGCCUAAAGCUGCUGAGAGUCAGCAGCCUCGACGCAGCCUCACGGACGAACAGUUCUCCCUCCUCAUCAUCGCCCUGCUCGCUCUCACCUCCAUCCUCAUUGCCGUGGCUAUCCAGUACCUCGUCAUCGAGUGAUCCCCGAAGCCACGAGGCCAGAUCCUGUUGUUUUGGUUUAGUUUUUCUGUCCAUUUCAUUUUCCGUCUGUUUCGUUCUCGGCACCAGAGUGGGUUGAGGAAACGGUGAGCGAAGGGAAAGGAUACGAAAAGGAAGCUGAGGCUGUCUAUUUAUUCCACCGACUCUUCUUUCUGACACUUCUCUCUGCUAUCGGGUUCUUUCUCUGCACCGCUGUUAGAAAGAACAGUAUUCCUCUCCCGUUAGCUGGGAGGUGAUUACUGAAGGAUUAGGAAUGAAGCUUACCGCUCAUUGCAUGCUCAUUUUUAUCAUUCAUGUAUGUGUGUAGCUAUAGUUUUUUUUUCUUUUUUUUUUUCUUUUUUUUUCUUUUAAUUAUUAUUAUUAUUAUUUAUAUUUUUAGUUUUAACUAUAAUUUGUCGAGUAUGUGACUUUGGAUCUGUGUUCCAUUGCUGGCAUGGUGAUGGUGUGCAGUAUGCUGGUGCACUGGUCAUUGGUGCGCUGGUGCACUGGUCAUUGGUGCGUUGGUUGCUGUUUGUUGGUAAGCUGUUUGCUGUUGCACUGGUGCACUGGCCACUGUUCGUUGGUAAGCUGUUCACCAUUGUGCUGUUUGCUGGUCUACUGGUCAUUGGUGCAUUGGCCGCUGUUCGUUGGUAAGUUGUUCACUGAUGCGCUGGUAACUGGUGCUUUAUUAGGGGACGGAACUCAAAGGGCCAGUGAAUAUGGAGGAGAGGGAUGAGGGCAAGUAAGGAACGCCCAUCUCCCACCAAAACAUGGGAGAGAGUGAAGAGACAUGACAAGCCUUGAGGUCCUGCAGGGACCGAGCUCUCACUAGGAGAUUAGUUUAAUGACAUCACUGAGAGAAGGGAGACUGAUACACUUGUUCACCUUAUAGAACAUUCAUUUAGCACUUUCUUUAAGAACUUUUUUUUUUUUUUUUUUUUUUUUUUUGAUGUCCAGAAUGUGUAGGGAUGCAAAAAAGAGAAAUGGUAGUAUAUUUUUGUACAGCAUGAUGCAAGUACCUGCUCAUUUGAGAUCUGGGGUUGGUAUAGGGUUAGAUCAAUGACUCCGGGGGGAGAAAACAAAAAAGAAACAACAGAGUCAAAAGUUAUUUUUAUUAUCAUGUAAGUAUAUUGUAGCUUGAUUUUACAUGCAGCUGCUUUGCUCUGAAAUAUUGUCCAGCACAAAAAAAAAUGUAUGCUUAUCCAGUUAUUUUUGCACCUUAGUGAGAAAGAAAAAAAAAACAAACAGUACUGACUGCAUCUUGAUCUUGUGAUGCGUUUUAUGGAACACACUCUCUGAUUGUGCGAGCCCUUGUGUUUUUGGGUGUUAAAUUGUAGUACCAUAAAUCUAGUUCUUGACAUCUUUUAUUUCAAGAGUAACGAUUUCAGACUUGUGAUUGGAAUCAACCAUUUCUUCUGCCUAGUAUUUUCUUAUUUCUCUGAUUUUUUAAAAAAAUUUUGUUUACUUUUUACCAAUAUUCAUUUUCUCCUUGAUACUGAAUAUAAAAGUAUUCAUAUUCACUCAUGUUAUUCAUUAUUUCCUUCAUUUGAAUCACGUAUUUGAAGUUUUUUUUUGUUGUUUUUUUUGGUAUUUAUGCAAAAACAGAAAAUCAAGAUUAAUCAUCUCCAGAGAAACUAAGAAAAAAAGAUGAAAGCAAAAAGCAGUUCUAAAAUGUGUUGAUUCUACAUGUACUUCCUGUGAAACAGAAUUGUUUGCCUUUUCUGUAUGUAAAGUCAUUGUGAUGGAUUGCUGAUGCUGCAUGAUGGCAGCGAGACAAUCUUAGCUGUGAGGUCUAGUGUCGUGAGUGGUUAUGGCAGUGGUGCUGUCACGACUGUUUAAGAACUACAGGUACCUUGCAAGUCUUGGUUUAAUUACAUGAUUUGGUCUAGGUGGUUUGCAGAUGUCUUCUCUUUGUCACUGAAGGAAAAAAAAAACCCCAAAUUCCUAUUUUUGAUAGUGAUAAAACUGUAAUUGCAAAGUGUGCCAUUUUAACAUCUUCCCCACCAUAGGCUUCUACAUUUGGUCCAUGGGAGGAGACAAAAAAACAAAUUUACAAAAAUAUGCACAAAAAUGAGACCAUUUUUAUGUAAUUUUAAUGGUUGCAGUUACCUCAUACACCCGUACAUUCCAAAAUGAAAAAUUUGUUAUACUAUACAUAGUACCAGACAUAUCACUUUAAAAUGUUCGUUAUGAAUUCAGAAGUGUAUACUCAUAAAUAUGUAUCUAAAGUGUAUCUGUAAAGUCAUGAUAUCUACAGAAAGAACCAUGCACAAUAAAAGUUUAUAAUUCUUAA